GAUUUAGAUUGGUCUUGUGCAGCUAAUAUAUUUUUAAACAUCUAGAAAUUACCAGUUUCGGUUUAAUAAUAAUACAACGCCUUCUUACUUCUUAUCUAACGCCCGGAAAGAACGGUUAGUUAGUAAAGUAACUCAGUAGUCUGUAAUUAACUAAUUAGUGGAUAUAAUUACCAGCUAUAAUGGUUGAUUUUUUAAAAAUAAAAAUGUUAAAGCAAAACGAGAAAACGAAGUCUAAUACUAAUACUUAUAAUUUUGUACACAUCAUUAUCAUCAUUCAUGAGGGUCAUUGACUAUCAUUGACAAUGCAAAUGACUCAAAUGACUAUUAAUAUUAGUAUAACGGCAACGCUAUUAAUUGUUAAUAAUAGGCGUUAAUGAUGUACGGUUAUUCAUAGGCUAGGCCUAAUUGAAAUGUUACAUUAAGAAAUGGCGUCAGCGGGGCGAGUCUAGACUCUUAUGCCCCCCCCCCCCCCAAAUCCCCCCCCCCUCAUUAAGAAAUGGCGUCAGCGGGGCGAGUCUAGACUCUUAUGCCCCCCCCCCCAAAUUACCCCUCCCCGGUCCGACGUAUCGGGCCGCGGAGCGGCACGUUGGAGAUGCCCACUCGUCAGGACGGCCUAAUUAAAUUACAUUAUUAUUAUAUUUAUUUAUAAUUUAAUAUAAUUUUAGAUGGCACUUAUACUUAUACUUACUUUAUUCAUACUAAAGAAAAUAAAUAUAAUACCAUCAAUAGCAGAAUCUGGCAUCAGCUCAGCAUCCCAUCUCACGUCUCACUCCGGCAUACCUUAUUGACUACAUCAUCUCCGAAUAUCAUUCUCAUCAACUCAGCUUAAACUUACUUAAAUCAGUCAUUUAAAUGCCAUAGCCAUCAACUGACAUAAUCACUAAUCAUUUUAACUUUUACUUUUAACCUUCACCAUAUCCUGUGUUUUCUCUGCUUGAGAGUACCUCGUAGGUGGAAUCCACCCUUAUAUAUUUAUAUAGAGAAAAGAAUUGAGAAUGUUUGCACAAAACCAUAAAAAGUAUAAAUAACCAUUGCUUAAAUUGUUUAGUUUGGUAUUUGUAAGGACACUGCUACACAUGCAUGACACUGACAUGUAUUAAUUGUCAUGAUUUCAUGUUUUAAUUAACGGAAAUAAUUUAUUUUAUUAUUUCACAUUGUUCACAAGUGGUGAGAUUAGCUCUUUACAUAUUGGCAUUUCACAUUUUACACACACAGUUUUUGUUUUUCCGUCAUUCUUCAUGAACACCUGUAAUGCAUUGGAGAUACUGUUUCCUCACAUUUCUCAAGGAAUUACAUUUGGCAACUGCAUUCUCUUCUUCAUGUUUGCUAUCAUCAGCUCCCUUGCAAUCUCCAUGAUAAAACGCUGUCUAUUGUCAGCAUGGGCCAGUUGUCUUUUGAUCACAAGAUCCUUGUGGCAAGAGCAUUCAAAAAUAAAAUAUUGUAAAACAUUACCAUUGACCACCGCUUUAUUUUUGUAUUUGCUUGUAAAGAAGUGUGCCCAUUUGGUCCAUGUAGUCAGUGCCACUGUUGGUUUUGUUAUAAUCAAUUACAAUUUCAAGCUUCCAUUUCUCACCAUGAGUCACAGCAUUGUCAUCAUGCAUGGUGUUCAAUAGGAUGACUUCUAGUUCCUUUUUUGGGUAAUAAGGAGAGAGACUGCAAUCAGGUUAGCAAAUAGGAAAUGAGUGAAGCAAAGUAAGGUUAAACCUAAAAAAAAAGAAACGCAACAAAACAACGAAAAUGUCGGCAGGAAACCUUUGUCAGCAAACAAACAACAGAAAAAACAGAAUAAAAUAUGUAUAUAAAAAUAUAGCACUUAGCUGAGAAGCAGUGUCCGAGAAAGCAGCAAAAUAAUUUUGACUGAUAGGAUGGGAUAGUGGCCUCUGUUGAAAUUCCAAAAAAACCAAAUCAUUCAACUUUUGAUAUUUGGGCUGUUGGAACUGUUGGGAUAGAAAUCUUUUAUUUCAUCUCUCUGUCCCAAAGGUUGCUUUGUGAGAUUGUUAACAAGCUUCAAGUCAGUAAAGAAGUUGUCAGAUGUGAUAUUGCGGCGACUGUCAUUGAAUGGCUCGACAAGUUCCAGAUCAGUCUUUGCUCCAAGAUUUUUUGCCUUGCUGUUAGCCAAGGUGCCUCUUUUUUUCCCAAGUACUGCUUCCCUUUCAACAAAUAAGAUGUUUCUGCAUCAUGCCCAGAAAGUUUUGAUGCCACACUUAUCUGGUUUGUUGGGCAAAUAUUGUAUGAAAGAGCACCUUUCAAAUAUGGAAUGAGUUGCUCAGCAACUGUGAUGUCACUGCUGAGAACAUAAUGUCAACUGUGAUGUUACUGCUGGGAACAUAGUAUCAACUGUGAUGUUACUGCUGGAAACAAAGUAUCGGCUGAGAUUUGUUUGGAAAAUAUAAACAUUUUCUGUAAUUGGGGCUAUUGCUUUCCUUUGGGUUCUUGUUUUCUUGUGGUGGAAUCGCAAGUGGUUUAGGAGCAUCACAAAUCUUUUCCUUGACAUUGCUACUCACCGCGAGGCAUUGCCUCCAUUUGUAUCAAACAGGAGGGUGGUAUUUGUAAAGUUUUGAUCAAUAGCACCAGCAUAAAAUCGGCAUCCAAGGUUAAGCCUCUGUUUCAUCUAAAUUUGUAUCACUCCAAUCUUUUUUAUUCAUUUUUAUUCCUUCUGUGUGUGUACAAAUCACUAUAAUUUAUGUCAACACAUUUGAGUGUUAUGUGCUGCCGAAAAAAUGGUAGUUGUUUCCACAAGAUAGAUGCUUUUCUCUUUGCUUCUUUUAAGUUUCAAGAUAUUCUCCGGUGCCAAGAACAGUGAGUGAGUUUCAAUGAUUAUCAAGGAGCCAAAACAAUCAGAAUAAUGCCUCUUGACGUACCAUUUUUUUUCCCAGUCAUAUUUUGAAGGUUAAAGGUUCAUCUAUACGUUUCUGGCUUUUUUAAAAUUCUUUUUCACUGGGUGUUGCCCACAGGGUACCGCCCACGCACAGGGUACUGCCAACCCACAAAAGAGGUGAGCACUGCCCUCCCACCGGGUACUGCCCACACACAGGAUACCACCCAUACUCAGGGUGCUUACAAGGAUGCUGAUUUUUAUUGGCCUAUGGUCAAUAAUAUUAAAGUCCACUGGAAAUGCCUUUUUGUGUGCAUAUAAUAUGCUGGGUACAUGAGUGAUAUAUGGAGGCCCAAUAGGCUUGGCCAAUAAUGCAUGGCAGAAAUUUAGUACACAAAAUGGGUGGCUUCCAUCCUGGGGGUAUGGUUAACGUUAAUAAUCUUUUUUUCCAUUCAAUCAGUCUUCACUUUAAAAAAAUCUUUUAACGUUAUUAACUCAAUAUCCAUUCAGUGCAAUAGGCAAAAGUAUUAUAAGACUUAUGACUGAAGUCUAAGUCUAAGUGUUAUUUUAUUUUUAGUAUAAAUCAUCAUUCAUUUAAUUUAUAUCAUAAAUAUAAGCCGGCCCAAUAAAUAAAUUAAUGAGCAAUUUUAUUUCAUGGUAUUGAAAUGAAUCAUUCAUUUUUCACAUAAAAAAUCAUGCCAAUCAAAUUUAUUGAUUCAAUACAUUUCUUUUAAUUCAUUGUCUAAGUAAUAUUGAGUCCAACAAAUGUAGUGUACCGGUGCCUUACUAAAUUUCUUGCCUUAAAUCUUUUAUUAAAGCUUUUUUAAAAUUCAACACAAUAUUUAUUUUACAGAUUUAUGGCAGAAGGUAGCAGUAAACUUAAGGAAGAAGACUUUGUGAAGCCCCUCUUUCAGAAUGGGAAAUAUCAAAAUCCUUGGAAAACUUGGCAACGGCCAUCAUUUGGUCAAAUGUUCAAAUUUCUUUUUUUCUCUCAAAAUGAAGGGUCAAUUCCUGAUCAAAGGGUGAUGUUUGAAUCUGUUGAUAUUUAAGCCAAAUACUUUGAACUUUUAUUUUUUAAAUUUGCAGUUGCAAGAAUAAAUAUACGAAACAUUAUUUUCAUUAAUGUAUUUAUUAAUUCUAAGAAUACCAUUUCAAAAGUUAUUAUGUUUUAUACACACAAAAAAAGCUUUUUUUUAGGUCAAGAUUUGUUUAUUGUAGUUUCAGGAUAUCACAUCAAAAAUUAUACAAUUUAAUUUUCUGCUUAAAUGAUUGAAAUAAAUAAAAAUGUAAACAAAAAGAUCAUUGUAUUAUUUAUAGCCUAAUGAACUAUUUAGAAGAAUCAAAUUUUAAAGAUUUUUAUUAACUUUACAGGAGCUUGAUCGCACAUUGCCUGUGGUAAAAACAGACUUAUCCCGCUUUGCUACAUCUCCAGUUUCAGGAGUUCGCCACAUGUGGAUAGGUCAUGCCUCCUCCCUGGUCCAGUUUGAUGGGGUGACAUUUCUUACAGAUCCUAUUUUUAGUGACAGGUGUUCCCCAACACAAUGGGUUGGUCCCAAAAGAUACCGCCCACCUCCAUGCACCAUUGAUGAUUUACCUCACAUUGAUUGUGUUGUUAUCAGCCAUAAUCAUUUUGAUCAUUUGGACUAUGGGACCGUGCAAGGUUUAGUCAAAAGGUUGGUAAUAAGAAAUGCCAUCAGAACAAGGAAUCGUUAUAGCUGAUAAUAAUAGAAAAUAUUCCUCUUGCUGUGUUGCCCAACUCUACACCAUAAAGAAUAAUUUUUUAAAACAUUUGUAUGAAGUUUUUAUUUAAUGAUAAUAUAAUAAGUGAAUACUGUUAAGAAAGAAAAAAUAGCUUAAGGGUUAAGCAUGAUUUAAUAAGAUUUGAAAAGCUUUAAAUUUCAUGAAAAAAGUAAAUCAAGGUUUAAUUCAUGGACCAUCAUACCGAUCAUCAUACUGAUCAGGUAUUUCCAAAAAUGAGAAACACGGAAAAAUGAAUUGCACUGGAAUAACAAUAUUUAUUAGCUGUUACUCAUCUUUCAAAAAUGGUGUUAAAAUAUCUUGGUAGGUUUAACUAAUUCAAACUCUCUUAUAUUAAGGAAUCCUUUCUAUUUGAGAAAAAUGGAAAGCAAACUUGUCUGCCAAAUACCAAACUUAGUUGUCAUUUGUAAAGUAACAUGGUGGCUCAUCAGGGGAUAAAUCAGGGGAUAAAUCACAAUCAUCGAUCUAUAAAUAGAUGCAUCUUUAAGUUUAAGACAUCAUUGGUUGUAAAAAAAUCUCUUUUCUUUCCGUUUCCUCUUUUUUAUGUAUGUACACACAAAAAAAGUUAAACUGUUAAAUGUAAAAUUAUAAGUAAGUAAAAUUUGCUUGCAAAUUUGGUGAUAGAUUAAGGUGGUCCCAAUAUGUGCCAUUUGCUUACAGAAUUGGAGAUAGAUUAAGGUGGUAUGUGCCAUUUGCUUGCAGAUUUGGUGAUAGAUUAAGGUGGUAUGUGCCAUUUGCUUACAUAUUUGGUGAUAGAUUAAGGUGGUGUGUGCCAUUUGCUUACAGAUUUGGUGAUAGAUUAAGGUGUUAUGUGCCAUUUGCUUACAGAUUUGGUGAUAGAUUAAUGGGGUAUGUGCCAUUUGCUUACAGAUUUGGUGAUAGAUUAAGGUGGUAUGUGCCAUUUGCUUACAGAUUUGGUGAUAGAUUAAGGUGGUAUGUGCCAUUUGCUUACAGAUUUGGUGAUAGAUUAAGGUGGUAUGUGCCAUUUGCUUACAGAUUUGGUGAUAGAUUAGGUUUAAGGUGGUAUAUGCCAUUUACUUACAGAUUUGGCGACAAAUUAAGGUGGUACUGUACUGGUAUGUGCCAUUUACUUACAGAUUUGGUGACAGAUUAAGGUGGUAUGUGCCAAUGGGAUUAAAAGAGUGGAUGCUUCAAAGCGGAUGUGUUAAUGUUGUGGAGUUGUCUUGGUGGGAGGAGGAUGUAUUGAGCCCACAGUCAGGUGUCAGGUUUGUUUGCACACCAGCUCAACACUGGUGCAAGCGAGGCGCAUUUGAUGAUAACAAGGUAGGGAGACAUAUGCUUUAAUCUUUUGACUUGUUAUUUACAAGGAUUUUUCUAAAACUACUUUUAGCAUUGUGUAGAAUGUUGAUUAAGGCAAUAGAAGAAGAUAGAGCCUUAAAAUACAGAAUGAACUUUAACAGAAUAACGCAAUAUUUUACAUGAAUAGAAGUUUUUUUGUAAGCUAUUUGUUUUGAAUAAAAUUAGUCCAAUUAAAAAAAAAAAUUGCAAAAAGCUUUUCCUCUCAUAGUUAUUCACGCAUGUAAAUAACCAACAUAAAACUUAAGGCCAGUACACAGCUGUUGGUUACUUUAAAUGACCAUGGAUGUGUACGUGCUUGGGGUUACCCACAGCAGUCACACUAUGACUAUGAGAGUGGAUUCUCUUAUUCCUGUCUGUUGCAUACUGCCGCAUAUAAAAUAUUACCUGAAAGCAGUUGCAAAUGCCACACAUUGCCACAUACACCCCAACUGUUUAAAUCCCAGCGUAGAGAACGAUCGAGUAUUAAAAAAAUUAAAACAUAUAGCAUAAAGAACAACUAGGACUAGUGUCUUUUUGUAUCACUGUCUUCUCUCGAUUAGCGAUGCUAAGUGAUUGGCGUGGUAUAACUGGUUGAUAACGCUCGUGAAUAACCAUCCCUGCCCCGGGGUAGACCCAUGGUCAGCUCGGGACGCGGGUUCCCCGUGACUGUGUGUGUGUGUGUGUGGGGGGGGGGGGAUGAACUGGGACUUGAGGUGUGUACAUCUUUUAGCUCGGGACGCGGGUUCCCCGUGACUGUGUGUGUGUGUGUGUGGGGGGGGGGGAAUGAACUGGGACUUGAGGUGUGUACAUCUUUUAGAUUGUGGUGUGGAACGGAUGCUUCGGGUCUGCGGCAUGUGUGAGAGAUUUUACUGUCGGCUCUGUUUACGGAUUGUACCUUACAUUAAAAAGCUAUAGUUCUCAGACCUGAUUGUUUUAUUGUGAUUUUAUUUAAACUGUAAGCUACGUCACCACUCGGCUACAAUCAUAUGACACAAUUUUUUAAAAAAAAUUUGCAUUUGAAGUUAUUUCCCGCAAAAUUCUGUGACCCAAUAUGAGGCCAUUCAUCCAUUGAAGUUAUUUCCUGCAAAAAUCUGUUACCCAAUAUGAGGCCAUUCAUCCAUUGAAGUUAUUUCCUAAAAAAAAUCUGUAACCCAAUAUGAGGCCAUUCAUCCAUGUUGUCCACCCAUGUGUAAAUAUAUGUAUUUUUUAUUUACCAAAAGAAAAUGUAUUUGAUCUCUUAUGUUACAGGUUCUGUGGUGUAGUUGGUGUGUUAUUGGCCCCACUCACAGGUUUUACUUUGCAGGGGACACAGGCUACUGUCAUGUGUUCAAGAAAAUUGGGGAGCGUUAUGGGCCAUUUACAUUGGCUACAAUUCCCAUAGGAGCUUAUGCACCUAGGUAGGAAUGGCAUAAGCAAAAAGUAUUCAUUUACAUAAUUAUUAAAAAAAUAAUUCCAACAUUUCAUGUAUGGUAAUUAUUUUAAAGGAAAUUAUUUAAAGGAAACACAUAAAUAAAAUGUAAUAUCUCAUAUUAAUAUCUAAUAUCUGUAAUACAAACACAAAAGUCAUUUCAUAACAACUAGUAUUUAGUACAUUUUUUAAUGUUUUCUAAAUUGUAUGGCUCUUAAGGAUUUUUUAUUGAGCUUUUACAGGAUUUAGACUUUUUUUGCACAAGCUCAGAAAUGGUGGCACAAUAAAUUUCGUGUUGGCCAAAAGGAAGCCUAAAUCCUAUUCAUCCGCUCAAAAUGACUUUUGACACACUGUUUUGGAUUGAUAGACCAUCUAUAUAUAGAAUCUGGGUGCAGUUGAUUGACAAGUAUCUACAAAAUAUAGCUAUUAUGAGAUUCAUCAGGAUCAUUUGUUAAUAGAUAGUGUUCAGAAAAUUUAAGCUGGUAGUAAACCAUAAUUAAAAACUAGUUUGUGUAAUUCUUAGCAAGAACUGCAGUGUCAUUGAGUGCUCUUUUAAUUCCUUUUCGAAAAAUGAAUAGCAUUAGUCAUCUUGUCUAUUUAUUACUGCAGCAUGACUUAAUUUAACAUGUUAUCACCUUCUACAGCAGAUGCAAUCUCCUUUGCUGUAUAACUUAAAUGUUAUUUAGAAUUACAGCUGACAUCAGUGAGAAUUGUAUAAGACUAUAAUCUUCUUUUUUUUUUUAUUGAUAGAAGCAGCUUCACCCUUUUCUACAAUUGUAUUUCAAGUUAGUUCCCAAUCUGAUUUCAUAUUCGUUUUUUUAAAGUUUCACAAUGACUAAUGGAGAAAAUCAUUUCUUUAAAACUCAUUGAAAAUCUGAUAAUUAUUAUAAAUAUUUAUAUAUGUAUAACUAUCUAUCAAUAGAUGGUUUUUGUCGUAUCAACAUAUUGAUCCCAAAGAAGCUAUCAACAUACAUACUGACAUCAAGUCAAGGAAAUCUAUUGGAGUUCACUGGGGAACAUUCCCUUUAGGAUCCAAAGAGGUAUUCUAGGGUAUAAGUUAUUGUUUAUUAGAUAUUUUAAUUGUAAAACGCUAUUCAAAUUAUUUGGACAUAAAAAAGUAGUUUAUUUUGAAAGAACAAAAAUUUCUAUUUGCACUUCAUGUCCUCCUUAAACCUGAAUUCUCUGUUCUCAUCUGGCUUUGUAAACAUUACUCAGUCUCACAUUAACAUUUCCUUCAUUAAGGGCUUCUAUUAAUUUUUAUCCUACCUUCUUCAUAACUACCCCUUACUUCAAACUUCAUCCUAUCCCCUUAUUUAAAACUUCAUCCCAUCCCCUUACCUCAAACUUCAUCCCAUCCCUUUACCUCAAGCUUUAUCCCAUCUCUUACCUCAACCUACAUCCUAUCCUAUGGAUCCUCUUUUAACAUUCACCCCCAUCUCGACUCAACCUUUGCCUACUUCAAUACCAAUGUUACUCAUCUGACAACUCUCACCUCACAUUCUCACCUCAAUCUGGACUUAGCCUCACAUCUUUUACCCAUCCUCUCCCUCCCCAACAUAUACUUAUACCAGUUCCUUUUCAUUCUUCACUCUCUCCCCACUAACUCUCAACUUUUCCUCAGGUAGAGAAAUAAAAAUAACUUUAAUAUUCAAUUGAGUGAUCAAGAAUAUAAAAAUAAAUUCAAAUUAGCAAAACAUUUAUUUUUAUUACUAUUACUAUACUUAAAUUUUAAAAAUAUAAUUUGUUUUUUUAAAGCAUUUAGAAAAUUCUAUGUUUUCACACUUUGCUUAUAAAUUAAGCUAUUUUAAAUGAAAUUAAAUUCAAUAUUAUUGAGCAGCCACUAAUCAAUUGUGUUUAAUUUGUUUUUUUAAAUUUAUAUGGGUAUAAAUAAACAAGAAAUACAAAUAUUUCCAAAAGACAAUGUAUACUUUUUAUACUAAAUUACCAUUGGAUUUUCUUAACAAUCCAUAUUAUCCUUCAAAUGCCUGUCGUGCAGCUUUUUGAAGCAUAUAAUUUGGCAAGAUGGGUUGGUGUUAAGUGUCAAAAGUUGAAAAGCUUAUUUUAAUUAAUUGUGCUUUAUAUGAAUACAUUGUUUCUUUUCCUUUGGAUUAUCAGGAUUUAAUUAGUUUUUGUUUUUUGAAUCCAAAGCUAACUUAAUACUGUAAAAUAUUUUUAUCACUAGUUUUAUCUGGAACCAAGGCAGAUGAUUAAAGAUGAGUUAAAAGUAAGAGGAAUGGAUCCACUUGAGUUUAUAACUGUUCAACAUGGGGAAAUCAUCAUUACUGGAGAGACAUGAGAGCUUCACAAACAAUAGAAAUAAGUUUUACAAAUUUUAUGAGCUGUUCAGUGUUAAUUUUUUCAUUGAGUUUGCCAUAAUUGUUUCUGGUUCUGGUUCUGGUAGUGUUUGUUGCUGCAUCCAUAUACUGGCAUCUGUGCAACAGUUGGGGAAUGAUGUUGCUAGUCUAACAGCUCCUAACUGAUGCCAGGGCAGCCUUGAAGCUUUCAACCGAUGUCGAGUUCACAGUCGCAUCGUCCAGGUGGUUCCAUGCUAUUACUGUGCGUGGGAAUAAAGAUUGUUUAUAUUGCACUGAGGCACUUUGAAGCAUUUGCUAUUGUUUCUGGUGUAAUUGUUUAUUGCUUUUAAAACCUACGAGUUUGGUGUUAUCUAAAAAUUAUCUGUUACUUCACCAAUUAACAAGAAAAUGACAAAAUAUUAUACAUAUUUCAAAUGAACUUAAAAAAAAAUUAUGGCCAACUUUUUGCUCUCUCUUCUUAACAAACCAAUGUGAACUAAAAACUGCUAAAAUUCCGAGAUUUUUCCAUGUUAAAUUUAGAUAAAAGUCAUUGAAGUUAAUUUUUAAAAAUAAUCAUGGCACUGAGAUAUAUUGGCAGCCAUGUUUAUUUGUCUUUGCUGCAAUUUAAACUACGUAAUAUUUUGGAAUAGAAAAAUUUAAGAUUGCCAAACUUUGACAGGUUUGAUUGUUCAAUGAGAUACCAAAUGUCAAAUAAUAUAUAAAAUAAAUUGUCAGGUAUUUAGGGAAACUUUGGUUUCCAGAUGUUUAAAACAGACAAUGUAGCCAACCAUUUGCUGUGUUAGGUGUCAUUAAAUCUUUACAUAAAACAUGUCAUAAACAUAUGGGGCCAGAAUUUGCUCAGUCACAUUAUUUUGUGAGGAACUUUCAUUAUUUUUAAUAAAUCAUUUCACAUUAAUUCACGGCCAUUAUGAUUUUAAGUUACAUAUAUUUUGAUUUGUUUCCUUCAUUUGAUUAAUACUCUUUUUUUUAUAAACUUGCAUAAUUUGUGAAAAUUAAAUCUUUCAUAUUGACCAAUCUAAGUUCUAUGUUUUGGGAAGAUGGUUUAAAUCAUUAAAAAAUGUUGUGUUGCAGUUUUGCCCCAUUUCCAGAACACAAUCACUUUGUUAGUGUAGCAGCAGCAUAGUAACAUCAUAGAUAUGGAAAUAAUGUGGGCUUAAAAGAACAUGCCUUUGGAUAAAUCUUUUUGUGAGCCCAUUAUUCAAACACUGUGUAGUUUGACAUGGAUCAUGGCAUGAAUUUUUUAAAAGAUUAUCUUUAUGUUCUGUAUUGAAAAAAUCUUUGAAUAAUUGUAUUUUUGUUGUUUGUAGCUCUGUUGAUUGAUAAUAUGUUGUAUGAGCAUGGUAAAAUUGAUAGUUUUUUAUUUAAAUAAGAGCUUAAUGCUGUGAUAAAAUUGAUGUCUACCUGAGUGCUGAUGUACACUAUGAUGUACUAUAUGAUGUACUAUAUUCAAAUGUAAAUUUAAAGAUUUCAAAUGGAAAGACUGAUGUGCCUGAACUGAAAAAUCAUUUCUUUUAUGUCUUUAUUUCAGUCAAUCAGAUUAAUUUGAACGUGCAUCGUUUUCAAAUGACAAUCUAUCAGGCAUGAACUAUGCAUUCCCAUGUCGUUUAUUAUUGUUUUUAUAGCGAGGUUCCCCAGGUUUACUGCAUCUUAAAAUUACAUUGUUUUAAUAAGAUCUUGUCUGUUAUUGUAAGUUUUCUUAAAUGUGAGAACCUUUAUGAAUACUGGGUAGAGCAGCAUUCUCCAGUUGUUCAUCCGCAGACCAGCACCAGUCUGCGAGCCUCACGUUGCAGCACAACAUGAAUAUUACAGUACCUAAAAAAAGAAAAGAAAAUGUAACUAAUAAAUUUGGCACUACUUCCUGGUGCAGUUUUGAAACUUGUCCACCCGUCCGCCAAAAGUAAAAGUUUGGAAAACACUGGAGCAAAGGAUAUCCUUUGUUAAAAAUAGACAAUGAUGUGUUUCAUCUGUCAUGAGUUACAUUUGUGAAUACAUACAAUUUAAUAUUUACUUAUGUUAAUUUUUCUUUGAUGUUUUUUUAAUUUUUCAGUCUCUAUAAUUGUAC